AUGGGCGAUGAGCCACCCCGUGUGACUCCCCGCCAGAUUUGGGCGAACCCGACGACGACAUCGACUCAAACAUAUGCGUCGGGAUGUACGCCAUUUGUCCUGCCCAGCGAUGGGAUUUUGCAUGUGAAUAAUUCAUAUACCAUGACGCUGACCGAAAACGCCGUCUACGAACCCGUUUGCACCGGCGAUCCGCAAGAUUACGCCCAUGUCUCCGCUGUUCUUGAUACUCGCGAUCCGUUCUAUUCCUCCGUUACGCCACAGCUCUACGCCAUCGGCUGUGCAACAGUCGUCAGUUAUGUCCUUGUCAUAAUACUCCUAAUCACCCCGCGUACAUUCUACGUUGGCGGCCCUGGCGGCGGGGCUAACUUCCUUGGUCGCCAUGGGAUGAUCAGUGGCUCAUACAGCGGGAAUUCCUCGGUUGUUGGAGUUGGCGGCCGUCCCUGGCUGCAGAAAGUGGCUGCUAUUCUCGUUGCGAUCUCUCUGACGAUUGCGACAGUGGAUUCGUUCAAGGUUGCAGAGCGCCAGUAUGAGUAUGGAUACUCAGAUGCCGAGGCACUUUCCGAAGAAGUGAUUGAUGGCUUGGAGAUUCGGAUUGUCCGCGUUAUCUCGAGCACCUUUCUGUGGCUGGCGCAGGUCCAAACGUUGAUUCGAUUGUUUCCGCGACACAAGGAGAAAGUCAUGAUCAAGUGGGCUGGGUUUGCACUGAUUGUGUUGGACACGACAUUCAGUAUCCUGGAGAAUUUCUGGUUCCGGAACACCUCGACACAUCCCCGAUUAUACGACGACGCGAUUCCUGCACUGAGCUAUCUAUUCGAACUGGCCCUCAAUCUACUCUACGCUGCCUGGGUGAUCUUCUACUCGAUUUCGAAACACAGGUUUGCAUUUUUCCACCCCAAGAUGCGCAAUAUCGCCCUUGUGGCCCUAUUAUCCUACUGCGCCAUCUUGAUACCUGUCGUCUUUUUCGUCUUGGAUAUCGCGAGACCGGAAAUUGCUGGGUGGGGUACAUACAUUCGUUGGGUGGGAUCCGCCGCGGCCAGUGUAGUGGUAUGGGAGUGGGUGGAACGCAUAGAAGCGCUUGAACGUGACGAAACGAAGGAUGGGAUCCUCGGCAGAGAGGUAUUCGAUGGCGACGAAAUGCUGGAGGUGACUCCGUCAGAGGAAGUUGACUGGCCGCGCUACUCAUCGCACGGGCACGACAAAGGAGGCGGACACGGCGCAUCAUCAGGAUGGGGUGGAGUCAUGGGCCUGGGCCAUCGGCCACUACGAACUCGAGUCGGCAUCCCUCGUGGAAACCGCAAUCGCAACGCUGGUGGCUUAUUGCCAAACGCAAACAAUGCCGCUCCUCGUGCAAGUCACAACCGUCCUACUCCACCACCCGCUGUCAUGACUCCGGUUAGCCGGGCUGACACCACUAGUGCGGCGAGCACAGUGUAUAAUGUUCGAUACCACCCAGUCUCCAGCCCUACGCCUCCAGUGGCGAUGCCACAUAUGGCGGAAGAAGAUGAAAUGGACGAAGCCAAGGAACUUGAAGUCGAAGGCAGACAGAGUACCAGCGGCGCAGAACACAACCCUUCAGCGGAUCCCAGAGAACAAUCACCUCCGAUUGUUCACAACGAUCCACGCUGGCGAGCUCUGUUCAAUCCCUUCAAGCGAAGACGUGCAUCGUUACCAAAAGAAGUUGCUUUCGCACAAGCUGGCGAGGAGGACGUCGCUCAGAAUGAGUCCGAAUCAUCAUCAUCUGAUGAUGAUGGACAUGAGCCAGAAGCACAAGCCCAGCAGCAACAGAGAGGACACAAUUUUUUCUCGCGUCAUCGGAAAGGUUUCCAAAGCUCUGGACAGCAGAGUGGAGUUGCCCCGCUUCCUGUCACAGUUAUCCCAGCUCGUCGGCGUGGUCAGCAUACCUGGUCCCCUCAGAACCGACUGCUAGACUCAAGUAGCACCCAUCAUGAGCCGCGCGCUAGCCAGGCCAGUCAAGUCAGUCACGAGCCCCGAAUCACCCGCCCCGACCUGCCGGUGCGGGUCAUUCCUUCUCAGCCACAGGCCUCUGCUCCAUGGAGCGAUGCGGACCUGGAGAAUGGAGAUGGAGACUACACUUUGCGAUACGACCCUGAAGCGGCAGCCUUGAUUGACGAGGAUGUGGGCCCUGGCUCUCAUCGCAAUGAGCAGACUGUCAUUGCCGAUCACGCCAGCUGGACGGAGACAACCGUCUCCGAGGACCGGGACAAUGCACGCUCUCCACAUGCUGAGUUGCAUCAACCCGCCCAUCGCCAGGCAUCGUCCUGA